UCCUCAUAUCUCGCAAACUGCAAGCUAAAGCUCACAGUCCCGCACAAUCAAAACCAAUAUCACAAUUCUCAUUUCCGGAUUUGCCCCUUCGUUCUCUCUUAAUUCCCUUGUUCAUUUCGCUAUGGCUGGAACUGGAACCCUAAAUCUUCCGCUCUCCACCGUCAAUCCUCUUCGUUCCUCCUCCUCUAACGGCGCUUCCGCUUCCUCCGUCAGGUUCUCCCCUCAUCAAUGUAGGGCUUCUAUUCGGUCUUUUGCUACCGAGACCCGAUCUGCGGCGGUUGCAUCUCGGCGGCCGGCGAGCCUCUACGAGGUGCUUCGAGUCAGCCAGAACGCGUCGCCGAGGGAGAUCAAAUCGGCUUAUAGGAGUUUGGCUAAGAUCUACCAUCCUGAUUCGGCCCUGCAUCGCUCGGAGUCCGAUGACGACCAGGACUUCAUCGAGAUCCACAACGCCUAUGCCACGCUCUCCGAUCCCUCGGCGAGAGCGAUCUACGAUCUUUCUCUGAUGGCCGUUCAUGGGAGGAGGCGCCCGGUGUCGUCGUCCUCUGUUCAGAAUUCCGCUUCCGUUUUUUACACGACCCGCAGAUGGGAGACGGAUCAAUGCUGGUAGAGAUUGCCGCUUCUGCUUUAGGAAAUUAGUAAGACCGAGGAAAAAAGCUGGAAAAAAAGAGAGAGAGAGAGAAGAUAAAAAACCGAGUGCUUAGUAGAGUAGGGAAAAAUUGCAUUCUGCAAAAUACAAGGUUUUCAAUAGUGUUUUGCAGAUAAUGCGAGUGGAAAAAGACAUAGCAAUGUAGGAGACUCUGUAAAUUCUACCUCUAUAUAUAUAUAUAUAUAUAUAUUUUAAUGUUCA